GCUGAGUCACCUGACCAGGACUCGUGGUGCAAUGGCGGCGCCCAUGCUGCGUUGGGGCAGUCCUGGAAGACGUUGGGCUUUAGCCUGGGGUGAUGGCGGUUUUCGCCAGCGAAGAGGGUCUCCGACUGGGUCUGCGUCCAACCGAGUGAGGGGACAGAGCUCAGGGGCUCAGCAGCUCCUCGACACGGCCCAGAAGCCGAGGAAAGGUAAACACGAAUGGGCAGCUUUGGUAGGUUUGGAAAUUCAUGCCCAGAUUUCGUCCAACUCCAAACUCUUCUCUGGAUCUCAAGUCCGCUUUGCAGCACCUCCAAAUUCUUUGGUUUCUUUUUUUGAUGCAUCUCUACCUGGAACUUUGCCGGUUCUCAACAGGAGGUGUGUAGAGGCGGCGGUGAUGACAGGCCUGGCUCUGAACUGCCACAUAAACAAGAAGUCCUUGUUUGACAGGAAGCACUACUUCUACGCAGACCUCCCUGCAGGCUACCAGAUUACCCAGCAGAGGCUCCCAAUUGCUGUGAAUGGGAGCCUCACAUACAGCAUCUGCACAGGGAAGAAGCAGAGUCAGAUGAUCACCAAGACGGUGAGGAUCAAGCAGAUCCAGUUGGAGCAAGACAGUGGGAAAAGCCUCCAUGACGACCUGAGGUCUCAGACGCUCAUUGAUUUGAACAGGGCGGGAGUUGGCCUUCUGGAAGUGGUCCUGGAGCCCGACAUGUCCUGUGGAGAAGAGGCAGCAACAGCUGUCAGGGAACUGCAAUUGAUACUUCAAGCCCUGGGGACCAGCCAGGCCAAUAUGGCAGAGGGCCAGUUGAGAGUGGAUGCCAAUAUAUCUGUGCAUCACCCUGGGGAGCCAUGGGGCAUUCGAACUGAAGUGAAGAAUCUCAACAGCAUCAAGUUCCUGGCCAAAGCCAUAGACUAUGAAAUUCAGAGGCAAAUCGAUGAACUUGAGAAUGGAGGUGAAAUUCUGAAUGAAACUCGCUCGUUUGAUUACAAGCUGGGGUGCACCAUGCCAAUGAGAGACAAAGAAGGAAAACAGGACUACAGGUUUAUGCCAGAACCCAACCUGCCUCCCCUGCUCCUCUAUGAUGCCACGUCUCUGCCUGCAGGUACAGACUCACAGCAGGUGAUCAAUAUUGACCAGAUUCGGGAGAGGCUUCCUGAGCUCCCCAGAGUGACCCGAGAGAGGCUUAUUCAACAGUAUGGGAUGUUGCCAGAACACGGCUUUGCUUUACUGAAUGAAGUUGGCCUACUGGAGUUCUUCCAAAAUGUGAUAAAAGAAACUAGGGCAGAGCCAAAAAAAGUGACUAGUUGGGUCCUCAACAUUUUUCUGGGCUAUUUAAAGCAACAGAACCUUGCCAUCAGUGAGAGUCCUGUCACACCCUCUGCACUCGCUGAGCUUCUCGACCUGCUGGACAGUAAAGCAAUUUCUUCAUCAGCGGCUAAACAGGUGUUUGAUGAAUUAUGGAAGAAUGAAGGGAAGACCCCAGCGCAGAUUGUUUCAGAGAAGCAGCUUGAGCUGAUGCAGGAUCAAGAGGCACUGGAGCAGCUCUGCUGCGCCGCGAUGGAGCUACAUCCUCAAGUGGUAAUGGAUGUGAAGAAGGGACACCCCAGAGCUAUAAAUAAGCUGAUUGGGAUAGUCCGAAAAAUGACUCUCAACCGAGCAGAUCCAGCUGUGAUAAAGGAGAUACUGGAGAAGAAGCUGUCAUCCUGAGAUGCUUCAGGUCCCUCUGCCUGCAGGAGGACCACGCAGCCCCGACGGGACAGGAGGCUGGGAGAGCGGGCCCUCAAGCCACACUGCGAGGUCGUGUUGCACACGCACCGGCAUCCUCUGAGACAUGCUGUGCCUCCGCAGAAGACCCGCAGCCGCAUGCCCGUUGGCUGCAAUGACAUCAGAGCAGUUCCAUGACAGCUGCGGCGCACUCUACUGUGUAGUAAUUCUAAACUAAAUAAAACGUAUGUUUCAAACGCUA